GCGCACAGCAUAAGUCUAUGCAGGAAUUAGUAAUGGUUGGGAUUUGACUUUAUUUUGAAGAAAAAUGACAGACGAUUGGAUAAGAAUAAUCAGGUUGAUAGACCGCAACAUUUGCGUAAAAAUAUCCUCGAAGAGUCUUAAUGGCUAAAAAGUGAUAGGGAUAUGGAUCUUUGAAGUACGAAUGUCAAAUUAUGAAUAUCUUUUUACUAUUUACAAUUGAUAUACACAAUCUCGGCACAUGCAUGUAACAGAACUUAUUCUUUGAUUAAGUUUCCUCUGCUUGUUUGACGAGAAAUAACAUCUCAACCAUUUGUGUAUACAUCAUUAUAGACAAGCGGUGUUGAUUUUCCUCCGCGAUAAUUGAUACGGGUGUCAUGUAUCAAAGGACUGGCCACCAAUUCAACGUCAAAGAUUGGAUUUCAAUAUUUCCACGAGAUAAUGUCGACGCUUUGGUCGGCAUUCCGCGCAUUAAAGUUUCGGUAAUUUUGCGGAAGACCCCUACACUCAUAAUUAGUAUUGCAGCCGCCUUCUUGGGAAUUGUCAGAAAUUGCUCUGGGACUGCACAGUUCAGUAAGCACGUCAGCUGCCUGUUGUCACUUGUGAGGAAAGGCCUGCUUUGCAAAAACUCAGUUAUCAUCUCUACGGUAAGCAGUGUAAAUGCAUAUACAUCAUCCCUAGCGCAUUAUGACCUCCGAGCGACCGUAGUCACAGUUGGUCAGGAUAAAAGAUCAUUAAUAAGUUAUAGAUCGGUCCAGAAGCGGGUUCACUUCCCUAUCAGAAAGCAUAAAGAAAGCAUAAAAAUUUUGGUCACUCUCAGCAAUGUUGGUGUUAUCUACCUAUGUAAAUUUCUAUGUGUUCAGCCUAGAGAUCUGUCAUCUUCUAUAAAGCAUAUUGUACUAUCCCAGGCAAGUUUAGAGGAUAGCACAGCUACCAUUAUGCUGCUUGAUAUAACUGAGACGCAAAUACAUGAUAACUGCAUGAUGAAAUUACAUAACACAUUGGAAGAAGCUAUAUCAAAGCGAUCAAAACAAAGGGUAUCAUUUGUAUUUCAUCGCGCCUGUGCAAUUCUAAUUGGAAUAUCCUAUGCUUGUACAGUACUCUUUAUAAUGAGUUUUCAGACUUGUGUUGUUAUCCAACUAAAGAUCGAUGCAGCCCUCAAGAGUGAAUACAAAGAUAUACUUGAGUUAUAUGAAGCCUACUGA